CCUUCCAAUUUCCAUCAUCCGACACAAGCUGAUAUCCGUCUAGUCGGCGGACUGUUCGUAGAUAGGUGAAGAUCAAAUGCUAUUUUAGGACGGACCGAGGACAAGAAACAAGACCGAGAGUAACUAACGUUAGAGGAAUGGCUUCAUCUAAGUGUACGCAGCUGACAGAAGCUCUGAGCAGACCGUUACUGGACUCAGUGGACAGUGUGCUCUUUGACUGCGAUGGCGUAUUAUGGAGAGGGGACCAAGCCAUCCCCGGAGCCUCUGAGGUUAUUAAUUCUCUGAAGAAAAGCGGAAAACAGGUGUUUUUUGUUACAAACAACAGCUCGAAAACCCGACAAAUGUACGCGGAUAAAUUAGGCAAGCUCGGUUUCGAUGCCUCCGCGGACGAGGUGUUCGGGACCGGGUACUGCUCGGCGGUGUACCUCAAAAAUGUGUGUAAACUCGACGGAAAAGUCUAUUUAAUUGGGAGCAAUGCGAUGAGGAAGGAGCUCGAGUACGUGGGGAUCCAGCCGGUCGGUGUGGGACCUGACCCCAUCUCAGGAGUCCAGAAAGACUGGGCGAAUGUUCCUCUCGAUAAUGAGGUCCGAGCUGUACUGGUCGGCUUUGAUGAGCAUUUCAGCUACAUGAAGCUCAACAGAGCUCUGCAGUACCUGUGCAACCCCGACUGUCAGUUCGUGGGUACUAACAUGGACACGAGGCUGCCUCUGGAGGGAGGCAAAACGAUCCCUGGGACAGGGUGCAUCCUAAGGGCGGUAGAGACCGCUGCGCAGCGCCAAGCUCAAGUGGUUGGAAAGCCCAGCAACUUCAUAUUCGACUGUGUGGCUAGCCAGUUCGGUCUGGACCCUGAGAGGUGUCUGAUGGUCGGAGAUAGACUGGACACGGACAUCAUGCUAGGCUCAAACUGUGGCCUGAAGACCCUGCUGGCCCUCACAGGAGUUUCUACUGUAGGCGAAGCUGAGGCAAACCAGAAGAGCGAAUGUCCACAACGGCAGAAGAUGGUGCCUGACUACUAUAUAGAGAGCAUUGCUGAUAUUUUACCUGCACUACAAGCAUAGUCAGCGUUUGCUUGGAAUUGAACCACUUUAAUAGAGAAUAUUUAACAAUAUAUGUGUGUCAAUAUUUUAAUAUUGCAGUUAAAUAGAUUUAAUGGAAAUUGUUUCUAAAAAUAUAUAUGCAGUAUGGUUUUACUAUUUCAUCAAGGCUUCAUUCCAAACUGGCCUACCACUGAUUUUAUUUUAAGGUAAUAUAAGGGCAUUAUGUUUUCCUUUUAGUGUUGAUGUUUAUUUGUUUGGUUGUGUUUUAUUUUGUCUAAAAAAUUGUAAUGUGUUUUCUAGUCAGUAACACUCCGGUGCUACAAAACAAGUGACCCUUUAAAUGUUGCCGUUUGUUUUUAGUACUUGUACAAUUCUGUACUGUUAACUCCGUGUACUUGAAAUUAUAAUGAGCGCGAGAAUAUUAUGACCAUUUUUAAUUCUAUUUUGCACUUGACAGCUUUGUCCCUCACGAACCCAUAAUCCUGGUAGGAUAAUAAUUCUUCACCCAGGUUUGAACAAAGUGUUCAUUUUGCCUAACAGAUCAAAUAAAUAACAAUUGUUAAUGAAAA